AUGAGCCCUAGCAUCCAGCAGAUUGUGGUUUCCAUCGGUGGAGGACAUGCUACUGGUGUAGUUGAGACUGGUGAAGAGAUAGAGAGGUCCCUCAAGAACCUUUUCCCUUCAACAAAUGUUAAAAUAAUAAACCUGGAUAAACUGGAUCCAAAUAAACCUAGACAGUACAAUUACAAGGACUACGAUUUUGAUCAAGUUUACAAUGAGAUAUGCGGUGCAGGCCAGAAGCGAUCCAGUAUAGUCGGGAACGUAGAACCACACAUGCAAGACCCUGUAGAGAUUGUACUGCUAUGUGGAUGCUAUGCACUUUAUGAUAAUAGGAUUAACGAAAUUGUGCAACUUAAGAUUUUUCUAGAUAGCGAUGGUGACAAGAGGUUGAUUAAUCUAAUUCAUCAGAAUCAUAUUACCACUAGAGAACAAUUGGCUGAAUUACUCGCGGAAUACUUGGAUCAUCUGAGAUUAGAAAUGCAAAAGUACAUCAAACCUACUAGAGCACAAGCAGAUCUAAUCAUUCCCAGCAAUUUUGACACCACCGCUCGUGACAUUAUAGUCGAUGGUAUAUGUAAAGUAGUUGAAGCAAUAAAGGGGAACCAAAGUCCACCAGCUAUUUCCAAAAUUUCACCAUUGCUAUUGGAUUUUGAAGCAGAAGCAAUGGACGUUGAGAAGGAAAGGUACUAUGAUUUAUCAUAG